AUAGUACGCUAAUCGUGAGAACUUAAAUCCAAAAUCAUUGAUGUGGUUUGGAAAAUAUUUAUAGUUGGUGAACAAGUUGUGACUACUAUCCACAACUGCAGCAAUGUCAAAGUCGACUAGUGGUAAACGUAAAGGCAAAGGGAAAGGAAAGAAAGGACAAACUAAAGAUCCAAUGAAUGAUGCUUUAGAGAAAGCACAAAAUAAUGUUAAAAAUUUGAAAGAAGAAAUCAACAAUAAGAUAUUCAUUGCUGAAAAUGCAGAAAAUCGUUAUCAUCAAGCUCGACUAGACAAGCUGAAAUCAAUUGAAGUCUAUGAAGAGAUGAAAGCAUCAACACAAAAUCAUACAGCCUAUUUAAUAACACAGAAUGAAAUGAAAGUUACCAAUUUACAAGAUGAAAUUGAAGCGUUAAGCACAAAAUUAAAUGAAGCAAAUCAGCAGAUAGAAUUAAAGGAUAGUCAACUGGAGAGUUUACAUCAAGAAUUUGAUAAAUGUAUGACUGAAAAAGAUCUGAAAAUCAGUAUGUUAGAACAAAAAUUACAAGAACAAAGUGCACUGUUUCGUGAUGUAAUGUUACAGGCAUUUAAUCAACUAGUUAAACAAUUACAAAUUGACUUUGACAAUGUUCAUAAGAAUUUUUCAAUCUUUUCUCAAUCUACAAAUGAUUUAGUGGAACUGGAAUUCUUGAAUCCUCCAUUUUUGGAUGAAGAAUCUGCUGAGUAUAUCUGAAAAUGUACAGAAAUUGUAUGCAGAUAUUCGCUUACAAUCAUGUAGAAACAAACAUAUUAUCAUGAUUAGUGACUGUUUUUUUUUUAAGGAUUUUUUGUAAUUAAAUUGGU